AUCGGUUCUACUUCCCGGGCAACGUCCUUCAAGAUGGCUCCCCCUCUGGAGACCAGCUGUCCACCCAACUCUUCAGAAACCAACAGCUCCGGGACAUCUUGGUCCAGAAGGAGGUGGAGCUGACUCGGCUGCAGGAGGAGAACCAGCAUCUCAAACACUUCCUCAACUCAGCCCUGGUCAAGAGGCUGGAGGAGAAGACCCAGAAGCUGCUUCUCCUUCAGGAUGGCCAGGACGUCGACGGGACCUCCAAGAUCGGCAAAAGGCACCGGAAGACCGAGGGGCGCCACCCACCAAAGGCCAGGCGGAACCUCUCGGGCGCUUUCUCCGCCUGCCAAGAGGAGCAGCCAGCACCUCCCGUGGAUUCCUGGGUACUGCAGACCCUCGGGCUCAAGGACGUGGAUACCGUGGACGAGUCAGCUAACUACAGUGCCUCGACCCUGGGCCCUCCCCCUUUGGGGUCUCCCCUUUGGGGUCUUCCCUUUGGGGCCUCCGACCUGGGUGUCAGCGAGAGUCAACCGGGUGGAAGUGUCCCCUUGACCUCCCCAGUGGACAGCAUUGCCAGCCCCUUCCCCACGCCCUGCCCACUGCCUUGCCUCCCCGACUGCCCCUUGCCAGCCAAGAUGGACGUGGCCUUCACCACGUCUCUGAGCCCCCAUUGCAAUGUGAAGACCCACACCUUCCGCCAAGGACAGGCGUUCGUGCGCCGGGAUGAAGAUGGAGGGUGGAAGCUCACUUGGGUACCCACCCAGUCUGAAUGAGGCCUUUCCCCACCAUCCCCAACAGUCGCUGGACAGCCAUCUGUCCCCUAUGCUGAAAGGGUCUCCUGCUUGAGUAGGGGGUUGGACUAGAAGACCUCCAAGGUCCCUUCCAACCCUGGGAUGGUUGGAACCAGCCAGCCAUGUUCUACUGCCAGCGAAGGAUGUGUUUACAGAGGAGAGUCGUUUCCUUCUAAUAUCUCAUCAAGCCCACGUUGCACUGCCUGAAUAACAGAAGGAUUAUAACCAUAAUGAUUGUCAUGAUUCUGUUGGCAACCUUCAUACACAGCCAUGGGGAGGUUGGGCAUCAGAGCCACACCACGUGCCAGAGAUGUACAUCAUGUGCCAAGAGCAGAAAGUGCCUCCAGUUGCGGUGAAGAGAAGCUGCUGAGUUGAUGCCUCCUAAAUUCCUUGGGUCUUCUGCUCUGUAGAGAUUGUCAUGACCAGUCGGGUUCUAGGAAAAGGUUCUUGUUUGGAGGACUUGUCAACUGAUCUAGAAGGCAUGUCCUUGAUGGAGGGCACCAGUGGGAUAAGACUAUCCCUCUUGCAUGGACUCGGAGACGUCAUUACUUGCUCAGCCUUAGCCUUCCAAAGCUCCACUAUUCUGACCAAGAAACCCCAUGAGAUGCCUGCUCUCUGGUACGGCUGCUAUUGUUGUAUUAGUACCAGAACAUGGAAGAGACACCACCCACAAAUGCCCGAAAAAGACCUCUGUAAGGUUCCACAACCUGCCAGCUAACUCUUGUGAAGGAAACCUUCUUGUGAAGGACCUCAUGGUGGACACUCUCUCCUGACUCUCAAAAGGCCAGCUCUGCUGCUUCUGCCCAAUUUUUUUUUUGCCCUAAGUGAAGUGCAUUCUCUGAGUCCCAUCUGCCAAAUAUUUUGAAAAAUUAGGAAAGACAUAGUUGAUAGGCUAAGAUCAGGGAGAUCUAGAACUUUGGAAACUUUACCAGAAAUGUAGCUGAGUGGCUAAGAUUAAGAAGGACACUUCAGAAGAUCUAGAACUUUGGAAACAUGAGAGAUGUAGCUGAGUGACUAAGAUUAAGAAGGACGCUUCAGAAGAUCUAGAACUUUUGGAAACAUUAUGAGAGAUGUAGCUGAGUGGCUAAGAUUAAGAAGGAUACUUCAGAAGAUCUAGAACUUUGGAAGUUAGAGGCAUAGCUGAGGGACAAAGAUCAAGAAGGGGAGAAUUCAGCAGAUCUAGAACUUUGGAGGUUAGAGACAUAGCUGAUGGGUUAAGAUUAAGAAUUCAGAGAUCUAGAACUUUGGAAGGAGGGACAUAGCUGAGGUACAAAGAUCAAGAAGGGGAGAAUUCAGAAGAUCUAGAACUUUGGAGGUUAGAGACACAGCUGAUGGGUUAAGAUUAAGAAUUCAGAGAUCUAGAACUUUGGAAGGAGGGACAUAGCUGAGGGGCUAAGAUCAAGAAGGGGAGAAUUCAUAAGAUCUAGAACUUUCAAAACGUUAGGAGAGAUGUAGAUGAUGGGCUAAGAUCAAGAAGAGAAUUCAUAAGAUCUAGAAUGUUGGAAAGUUAGGGGAGAUACAGCUGAGGGGCAAAGAUCAAGAUGGGGAGAAUUCAGAAGACCUAGAACUUCAAAGCUCUCUGAAGAGCUGGAUUUUGGAGAAGAUUUUCCCCAGUCUGACCUACUUGGUGCUUUUUUGGAGUUGAUGCAACUAGAUUUGCCAGUCUCUUUCUAGGAAUUUUCAAGGUUUCGCAGCUUCAAAUGAUUUUAUUCAACAGAAACUGGGAACUGACAGUUGCGCGAUGGAGAGGUGUUUAUCACAGCUGUUAUUACAAUUAUUGCACUCAAAAUAAUUGGCCCUUUGGAUCUCUGCCUGAUAUUUUCCCCAAAUUAAGAUGAGAGAGAGAGAGAGAGAGAGAAAGAGAGAGAGAAA